GCGGUGGCGGCGCGUGCGCGGCGGGGCGGGGCGGCCCCGCGGCGAUCCGGGAUGUCGGGCCGGCUCCUGGUGACGUAGCGGGAAGGGCCGCGCCAGACCCCCGCCCGCCGCCGUCCCCCGGCACGGCACGGGACCCCCCCACGCCUCCUCCGGUUGUCCCCCGCCAUGGGCAGAGCCGCGGCGGUGGGAACGGGCAGGGAGUCCGGGGCCGCCGCUGGGAAUGUGCCAGGCCCUGCCGCCGCGUGAGCACCGGCACCGGCAGCGUCGUCCGCGCCCGCCCCGGGCCAAGCCGGCGGCGGGUGCCAUGAGCAGCAGCUGCGCGUCCCCCGCCGCCGCCCGCCGCCGCCUGCAGCGCCGGGAUCGAUAGAGGCGGGGGCUGCGGACGCGCCAUGGCCGGCAGCGGCUACACGGACCUGCGGGAGAAGCUCAAGUCCAUGAUGCCCUACCGGGACGGCCACAAAGGCGGCGGCGGCGGCGGCCUCCCGCGGGAGCCCCCCGAACCGCCGUACGAGCGCAAGCGGCGGCACCAGGAGGACUCCGGCUCCGAGCCCAGCGACUACGAGGAGCAGAAGGAGGAGGAGGAAGCUCGGAAAGUGAAGAGCGGCAUCCGCCAGCUUCGCCUCUUCAGCGCCGAGGAGUGCGCCAAGAUCGAGGCGCGCAUCGAGGACGUGGUGUCCCGGGCGGAGAAGGGGCUCUACAAGGAGCACACGGUGGACCGGGCGCCGCUGCGGAACAAGUAUUUUUUCGGGGAAGGUUACACGUACGGGUCUCAGCUGCAGCGGCGGGGCCCCGGCCAGGAGCGCCUGUACCCGCGGGGGGAGGUGGACGCCAUCCCUGAGUGGGUGCACGACCUGGUGAUCAGGAAGCUGGUGGAGCACCGGGUGAUCCCCGAGGGCUUUGUGAACAGUGCCGUCAUCAACGACUACCAGCCGGGGGGCUGCAUUGUCUCCCACGUGGACCCCAUCCAUAUCUUUGAGAGGCCCAUCGUCUCCGUGUCCUUCUUCAGCGACUCGGCGCUCUGCUUCGGGUGUAAAUUCCAGUUCAAGCCCAUCCGGGUGUCGGAGCCCGUUCUGUUCCUGCCCGUCAAGAGGGGGAGCGUCACGGUGCUCAGUGGGUAUGCGGCCGACGAAAUCACACACUGCAUUCGACCACAGGACAUCAAGGAGAGGAGAGCUGUCAUCAUCCUCAGAAAAACAAGACUAGAUGCACCUCGAUUGGAAACAAAAUCCCUGAGUAGCUCUGUGUUGCCACCAGGUUAUAACUCUGACCGCCUGUCGGGGAGCAACCGGGACCAGAUCCUGAAACCAAAGCGGUCCCAUCGCAAAGCAGACCCCGAUGCUGCCCACAGGCCACGGAUUCUAGAAAUGGAUAAGGAGGAGAACAGGCGUUCAGUCCUCUUACCAAAACAUAGGAGACGGAGCAACUUCAGCUCUGAGAACUAUUGGCGACGGUCGUACGAGUACACGGAGGACUGUGAGGAUGAGGAGGAGGACGGCAGCCCCGCCAGGAAGGUUAAAAUGAGGCGACACUGAGGAUUGCACUUGCCAGGCUCGUGGAGCUGAUGAGAUUGGCCUCCAGUCUGUGAAAACUUUCUCCUCCCUCUGGCUAUCUUCCAUCUAGCUUCAGUUUUGGUUUUUCCUUUCAGGCUGAAGAGUAAACAGGAAGGAUUUGGUUUUAUGAAUGGAGGAAUGCUGAGACAUACGUGAGGAUGGAACAUGUCCAGUGCACAUGGUGUCCUGAGUCGUGGCUCAAGUGGGCAUCUCUCCCUUAGGAAGCAGAUAAAGUUAUGCCAGGUUGUCUGUUGGGAUUUCUUUUGAAAACACCAAAAAGUUUAACUCUUUCAUUGCGCAAGAUUCAAGAAUUGUAUUUUUGUUUUGAUUUUUUUUUUGUUUUUGUUUUUCUUUUUUUUUUUUUUGCUUUAACACUUUUCCUUUCCAAAUGUUCUAAAUAUGAUGUUUGACCCCAGGAGCUGAAUUUCCAUGGUGGGCUGGUAUUCCUUGUUUCACCAAAGGGCUCCUUGGUCUUUUUUACCUGGUGGUUGUCGGGUCUGUUUUAAGGAUGCCCUGCAGUAACUGGAAGUUUGAAGCUUUGCAGAUCCCUCUUGCUGCGAUCGAUUUCAAAGGGUUUAGGACAUUUUUGUUGCACUUUAGUGUUUUAAAUGCCGUAGGUUUCCUUUCCAGACCCUUUUCCCAAGCCAGCAUGGGCUCACAGCCCUGUGUCCCUGCGCUGCCCUCUCCAAGAAGAAUGUACAAGAGCUCUGGUUUCUCAGUGCUGGUCUGGAGGAGGGAAAGGUGGCCCAGCAUUGUCCUGAGGUCCAUAUUGGAAUCUCAGGGCUGCCAAGUGAGGGAUCACACUGAGCACGUGCUGCUUCCCAGAGCUGGGGAUAGCAAGGAGGAGUAGGAGACGCUGUGCUUGUGAGGGUUUGUGCCUUGGGACCCCCCAGAAGAGCCCUUCUCCACUGCCCCUUCCAGGGGGGGGAGAGCUGAGUCGGUGCAGCAUUGCCAGCACAGUGUCCCAUCCUGAUGGAGCAGGAGCUGCUGUGGCCCUGGGGGAGCUGAGCAGCUCUGUCCCCUCCGAGGCUGGCUCUGGGAGCAGGGACACUGCAGGGCUCCAGGUUGGCCCCAGUUCAGUGCAUCCAGCACUGAGGUUGCCUGCUUUCUCCUGGCUUAUUCCUGCCUGUGUUCCUGGGGUAGGGAGUUUUCUGGUUGCUACAGGAAAUGCUGAGAAGAAUCAGGCAUUCAGCCCCAUGGAGUUGUGAUAGAGCAUCUGCCAUCAUCAUCAUCAUCAUCCUCCCACCUGGUUUGUGUUAGCCCAGACCAAAGCCUUGGUGUUUGCAAAGUUUGGGGCCCAAUGCCAUAUUUAGAGCUGUACUUUUAAGGAAAACUUCCUCCAGUUGAUUCUUUGAACCCAAGUGUUGGCAGUUGUAAGGAGUAGUCUUUAUUUUUAAAUUUUUACUGCUUUGCCCUCCCUCCAACUGUAGUUUUUCUUAGUGUCGUGUCCCCCACACACUUCAUGGUCUGCACGCUUGGCAAUAAAAAGAUGUAAUAUAUUUUGAAACUUGUUUGCUGCUGUCUUGAGGGGCUCCUGGUCUAAAACAACCCCCCAGGCGUUGUUCCCUGCAGUGCUGAUCGAGGACAUUUGUGACAUCUGGGUCCCACUGUCCUUUUCCUUCCCUGCUGAUUUUCACCUGGUGUUGGGGUUCUGCUCAGGCUGGAUCUUGUCACACGAGCUCAGAGGAUGUUGCCAUCACCUUCAGCUGGCUGUGGGGGUGUUGGUGAGCUCCCCAGUGCCUGGUUUGCCUGGUGAGAGCCCCCACUGGCUCUGUGCUGAGGCACAGCCUCUGAAGGAAUGUGGCUUGUCAAUCCAGAGACCCAAAAGUUUGUGCUUCUGCUGCUUGUGAAACUUUGGAAAUGCCAUUUUCAUGUAGCAUUUGAAGCGUUGUUCCUCACCCCACCAGCUUUCUGCUGCGAAUCCAGGCCAGCUCUUGGCUACAAACCCCCUGUUCUGGGCAGCUUGGCAUCCCCCUGACAGCAAAACUGCAUGCAGGGAGCACAGAUCCCUUCUCCUCCUGGUGGCUUCGUGUUUCUGGAUCCAUCCUGGCCAUGCCCUGUUCCUGUCACGGUGCCAGGCUCUGCUGUGGGUGCAGAUGGGGACAGAGGUCACUGCCAGAGUCUCAGCUCUGCCCUCUCCCCUCCUGGCUCUCAGUUUUAUCCCUCCCUCUCCAAUAUGGAUAUUCUACCCUGGUGUCAGAAUGAAGCUGGAGCAGCUGGCCUUUCAGAGCAGGACUUCCAUGGGAUGAGGAGCUGGCUGUGGAAAUGCUGAGCUCUUACACCUCCAGCCUGUUCCCAGCCACCACCUCAUCCUGCUCCUUGUGCAGGCUGAACAUGUGCAAGAUUCCUUCCCCAGCUUGUGUUGGUAUUCCUGCAUGUCCUGCUCGGGAGCUUCCCCCUUUUCCUUGUCCCCAUCCAUGCAGUGGGUCAGAGCUGGCAGCCGUGGCUGGGGGGACAGGAGGGGCUCCUAUCCAGCCACCAUCUGCUCUUGGUUUUUAACCUGACUGCUUGGGGCUUGACAUCUUGGAGAGAGAGAGAGGGAGCAGGAUCCCUCAGGAGAGGAGUCCCCAGCGUGCAGGCAGGGCCAACUCCCCACUUGUACAGACAUUUUCUAUAGACACGGAUGUAUAUGUGUAGAUAACAUGGUUUUUUAACUCUUUUGCACUGAACAACAGCAGAGUGAAACCUGGAUUCGAAACUAGAAGACAUUUUUCACACGGAUCCAGAGGUCUGGAUCCUUCCUGUAACCUGUCUGGUUGGAACUGUGGCUCAGAAUUCCUGGUUUUCACUGUUGGGCUGCACACAGGCAUCAGGCCGGGCUGGGGGUGAGCAGGGAGUGGGGUGAGCUCGGAUUUGGAGGUAAAACUUCUCCCCAGGCUCCUGCCGAGCCCUGAUCCUGUUGGUUUGUGUGUGUCUGAUCUGGCUGUGUGUGGUCCAACCUCUCCAUCCACCCACAGCGUGUCCGUGCUCAGCCCCACACUUGGGGCUCCAUCCAGUGGGACAGCCCAUGUGCCCAGAGCCCAGAGCAGAACUGUCUUUCCUAAGGAAGGGAGAGCAAAGUGGGGUUCAUCCCUGCUUUUCCACCAAGAACAGGAGGAAAUUGGGGUUUGUUGCUGUUACCGUAUCUCAAGAAGGUUCAGUGGUGGAAUUAUCCAAGCCCAUGGAUCCAAACAGCACCAGGACUCAAGCCGGGCCAGGGUCUAGACCCCCACCAGCAGCAGAGUCUUUUACCUGCCAAAAGUGUUCCCUUUUCCCUGUUGGGAGGAGAAACAUUUGAUUGAGAGAUGUCUCUGCUCCUUUCCCUGCCCACACUUAGAAGUUCUGGCUGACUUUCAUUUUUGUUUUUUAAAAGAUUCUAAUUUUUUUUUUUGUUACCAAUAAAAAAAUAAAAAUUAAAAAAAGAUAAUAAUAAAAAAGAAAGUGGCAAUAUUUUUUUCUGUAAGCUUUUCCUAGGAAAAAGCGUGGUUUGUAACAAAGUUGUACAGUUCUGAAGUUUGAGAUACGAGAAGUACUGUGUGAAACGCUGUAAAUGGAGCAGAGAUUAUUUUAUGUACAGUCUGAGGUGGGGGAAUCUUUUAAUUCCAGUUGAUUCUUAGGAAGAAUUUGGUUCUUCACUGUCAGGGUUUGGAAUUUCAUGGUUUCAUUUUUUUUUUUUUUUCCUUGUAUAGAUUGCUGCAUUAAUUGAAUAAAAGCAGAAAGCAUC